AUGUCAGUGGCCGACAGAAAUGCUGUCGGCGAUGACAAGAAAACAGCUUUUUGUGAGGACAGCACCGACAGUGAUAAUGAUACGGAAAGGAAGCCUCUGCUGCGGAGGAUAUCAACCAGCAAGUGCGUCGGUAGGCUGCCGGUGGUCAAGGAGGGUUACCUGAUGAAGCAGACGCACAGCUUCCAGCGAUGGCAGCGCCGCUACUUCAAGCUGCGCGGGCGCGCGCUCUACUACGCCAAGAAGAAGGACGUGAGCAAGUCGUUCACGCUGACCAUCACGAUAUCGACGACGCCGCCGCAGGUCACCACCUACAACAAGGCAAUCAAGGUCACAGUGGAUGGGCCCAGGGAACCACGGUCCAAAACCAGGCAGCAGCAGCAGUUCCACUUCGCCUUCGGCCAGCGGCCGUUCCCGUUCCCCCCGGACCCGCUGGGAGGGUUCCGGAUGCCGCCCAUCACUACCUGUCAAAACAUGAGCCAGUUCGGCUUGAGUUCGAGCAACUCGCACUGGGGCUACGGCGGCGCGGGCGCAUACCCGGCGUACUUGCCGUCUUGUGCAGCGCCUGCGGCUUCCCAGUUCAAUCCCCCAGCGCUGGGAUUCACGGGAACAGUUCCUGAGCAGACGCCCACGCAGGAUUUUACUGCGAAUAAUACUGUUCUACCAGACACGACAGGCGUGGACCUGGACCAACAGUUAUCAGGGCUGGUGGGGUCAUCGCCCUCGCACCACGGCACCCUCCUACCACGGUACAACAACAACGCAGACUACAGUCUCUCCACAGGCCCUCGAUCGCUAAGCGAUAAUAGUUCACAGCCCGAAUCGCCAGUUCAGGAUGACCUGCUCACAUCGAAUACGACGACGAACAUUGGCCAUAACCACACAAACACAUCGAACUUCCCUUCAUUGAUGGGGACGCAAAACUCGUCGUAUGGUAGCAGUAACUGCAACAAUUCUCUCUAUCCAGUGUUACCGGCGAGUUUGCUGUAUAGUCAGCUGUAUACAGCAGCGAAUCAGACGCACAACUUCCAUCCAUUGCACUCGAAUACAAUCCACUCUACCCAAAACCAUCACAAUGAGUUACAAACCAUGAUGGAUCAGAUCUCUUCGACGACGAACAGUCAUAGACAGCAUGGUAACCACGGACAGAAUGAUCUUUUGCUUGGUGGUGGGAACUCUUGCGCAGCUGCUGCGGCGAGAGGGGAAGAUGGAAGAGUUAAUAACCUCGGUCAGAGGGGGAAUCCUCAGCCUGACAGCAACACGGUUUGGCGACCUUAUUAAAGAAUUUGGAUAUGUACUUUAUUUCUUCGUACAAUUGAUUUAGCUCGGACAUCAUUAGAUGUGACGUUGUAAUAAGAUCAUGGAGUAAGGAAUUUGUGAGAAAGAUCCAAAAAAGGAUCAAGAGAAUAUUUCAUAAGAAAUAAAAAUGAACGAAGAAUAAAUCUUCAAUACGAUGGAUUUUGAAGAAGCCAAAAGAAAAAUGUCGCCAUUUAUUUAAAGCUUAAGGUGUAUAAGGUAAAUAGUGCAACGAAGUAGAUACCGAAAUUACUGUAAUUAUGUAAAUGUUUAUAAUUAACGUACGGAUAACGUAAUUAUUAGCUAAAUUUGUAUCUACGUUCUAAAAUUCGGUCCCGUCCUGAAAUUAUACGAUGUUUGUCAUUGAAUUUUAAUUGAUUUUUGAAUUUAUUACAUAAAUAUUCAGUAUCUCAUACUAUUGUGCAAUUUGAUCUU